CUGGGCUUUCGCAGAUUUGUUAGGCUAGCUUUAUAAAAAUGGUUACUCCCUUAUUUAGGCGUGUUCCCGUCAUUUUUGGUUAAAAGUAACAGGCUUUGGGGGGCUUUAAUGUCAGGUGCAGCUAAUUUAAAGACCUUUAGUAAAGCGGGAACCAGCUGGCACUUUAGCCGGACGAUGGACGAGCUGGUCCAUGACCUGGUGUCGGCGCUGGAGGAGAGCUCGGAGCAGGCGGCACGGGGGGGUUUUGGGGAUGGGGGGGACCACGUGCUGGCUGUGGGCUGCCUGCUGAAGAGACAGGCCCGGAAACGCCGUGGGAGGAAGAGACGCUCUGACAAUCCCCACCCUCCCUGGGAGACUGGCCACCUCAGUGAGGGCUCCGAGUCCAGCCUGGACGAACAUAAGGACUACCGUGCCACCACAGGCAGCGUUGCCAGCAGUAACAGUCACCCCCGUGACAACAGUGACUCUGACGAGCAGCUAGGGCCCAAGCGCCGUACCCCUCUGAACCCUGACACAGGACGUGGCAAGCGCCCCCUCUGGCAGGAGGACCUUGGAGGAGUGGGGUGCGCGGAGGGGUCCCGCAGUUUGAGACGCCGCCGCAAGGUCAAACGCAUGGCCGUCGAUCCCCCUCUGGAGGCAGUGACCUCCAAUAGCACCACUCCCAUGCUAGGUCCCCCGCCUGUCCCCAAGCCCCACGGAGGGUGCAGGAUCCCUGGGGUGAGUGCAGCUGAGGGCAGUGCAGGGAUGGAGCUCACUGUUGGCGGGAAGUGCAGGGUGAAGAAGAGGAAACUGGCAGCCCACAGGCUCGGGUUGGAGGUGACUGAUGAGGGCGUAUUGGUGGAGCGUGGGGACGCCAUUAUGAGGCAGGCGGGGCCCAAGGACAAGAUGGAGUUUGAGGAGCAGAAGGGCUCGGACGAGGACAUGAGUGACAGGUGUGAGACCAGCAGUGUGAGCAACAGUAGUGAUGGUGGACUGUACACCAAUGAUGAGGGGAGGCAAGGUGAUGAUGAGCAGAGUGACUGGUUCUAUGAGGGGGAGCCAGGGGGGGCGUGUGGGGUGGCGGGGGUGAUUCCCUGGUGGGAGAGGGAGGCAGGGGAGGAACUGGACCUGGCUGACCCGGUCUUCAACAGCAUCCUCACCGGAUCCUUCCCCAUCAUGAGCCCCGGAGCACAGAGAGGGUUCCAGGCCAGGCUGAGCCGGCUUCAUGGGGGGCCCCGGGGCCACGCUUCUCAAGGCAGCCCAGGACAAACCUUCAACGAGCGUCUGGGACGACACCACCAGGACCCCCACUCACACGACCCAUGGUUUAGUCCGGGAUCUAGAAGAGAACAUGGACAGAUGCACUGGGACUCACGGUCAGACAGAGGCCAUCGGAGGAGCUGCUCAGUAAAGACGGCCAGCAGGCAGACGAGUGGUCACCUGGGGUCUCUGUGUACGGGGGAUGUCAAGAGGAGACGCAAAGCAGCACCCCUUGGCUUACCUCCGCCCACAGGGUUGGUAGGUGAGAGUGCGGGGCCCAUCCCAGAGACCAACAUGGGCAACCGGAUGCUGCAGAGUAUGGGCUGGAGCCCCGGCAUGGGCCUGGGUCCGGAGGGCAGGGGCAUCACCGAGCCCGUUCGGGCCACGCAGAGACCCAAGGGAGCGGGUCUGGGUUUUAAAUGAGCCUCAGGCUUUAGGCCCCAACUGAACAGGCCAGUAGGCCUCGAUGGAGAUGGACCCUACCGAGAGCAGGGAGGACUGUGGUCAACUCUCUCUGGGAAAGAAACUCUGAUGGAGCAGCAGAGCUGGAUGAAGGAACGGAUGCAAGUCGGCAAGAACAGUUUUAACUAAUAGGAAGACCGAAAGGAUCAUCUGAGGUGGGAACCCCAACGCUCCAUGCACUUCCACUCUUAACCAGGGCUGAAACUCAUAAGGGAAGUUUUGACCCUGGUUAGGGGAAGUGCAUGGAGCGUUGGGGUUCCCACCUCAGAUUUGUAGUUGGGAUGUUCAAUGUUUCUACCAGGGAAAAGGGAAGGAAUGGAAGAAAAGACCCAGGCGUUGUUGAGUUUGAUUGUACGAGACUAGCCAGGUUGUGUAGUUGGACUGUGUGUACUGCACAGCACACUAAAUGGCUCAGUUUCACAAGAAUAUAAUUUCUCUUCAAUCAACGGUUGUUCUGAUAUUGCACAGUAUGACAAAUAUAUUUUAGGUGAAUAUCACUGUACGCAUCAAAAUAAUGUGUGUGGUGGAAGUUUAUAUUUGAUUUUAAAUAUGUUUUGCGACGCUACAUUGGUGUUAUUCCAGGGUAAUUAUAAUGGAAUAACAUUAUUCCUGUGGCUUAGUACAAAAAGAUGAUGGCUGAAGUGUUAGCAAAGUAAAUCAAAUCAAAUGUAUUUAUAUAGCCCUUCGUACAUCAGCUGAUAUCUCAAAGUGCUGUAUAGAAACCCAGCCUAAAACCCCAAACGGCAAGCAAUGCAGGUGUAGAAGCACCUUAACUGCAUUAGGUUAAGGUAAUUACAAUUAUACUACUUGUAGUUUCUCUGGUAUAAUGCUAAUGUAAUGUAACUGGUAAAUGUUUUUUAUAAAUGGGUCUAUAUGGUUCCUUUUGGGAUAUCGGGCAGUGAUAUUUGAUUGUAGAUGACGGUUAUUGGUAAUAAAAAUUAAGAUGCCAA